AUCUCCUCCCAUAUUUUCUUCUAAACUUCUCACCACUCCAUCACACAAGAGGACAAGAGAGAAAAGCUUCUCUCUUUUCUCGGGUUUCGCUUCCGAAAAAUCCCAGAGCUUGAAACGAAGAAACACAGAGGCGUCUCAAAUGGGUUUUGACGAUUCUUGCAGCACAGGGCUUUCUCUUGGAUUAGGCCUCACGCCGACGACGUCCAAUAGUUACAAUCAUGCCGUCAAGAGAUCAUCCUCCAACGUCGUCAAUCAUCCCAGCCUCGAGCCAUCGUUGACUCUGAGCCUCUCCGGCGACAGCUACAUGAAGAACACGGCGGAUGCGCCGGCGGUUACGGUCGCCGGCGGAGGGAAUCAUCAGCUGUACAGGCAAGCCUCCUCUCAAAGUGGAGUUUCCUCUUUCUCGAGCGGCAGAGUGAAGAGAGCGAGAGAUAUCGGCGGCGGCGGAGACGGAGAAGAGGCGGAGAGGGUUUCUUCAAGAACUAGCGGUCAAGAAGAUGAAGAAGGUGUUAGUGCCCGAAAGAAACUUAGGCUUACCAAUGAACAAUCUGCUCUCCUUGAAGAAAGCUUCAAGCAGCAUAGCACCCUUAAUCCCAAGCAAAAACUAGCACUUGCGAGGCAGUUGAAUCUGAGGCCUAGACAAGUUGAGGUGUGGUUCCAAAAUAGGAGAGCCAGGACAAAGCUGAAGCAAACAGAAGUGGAUUGCGAGUUCUUGAAGAAGUGCUACGAGACGUUAACUGACGAGAACAGAAGACUCCAGAGGGAACUUCGAGAGCUCAAAGCUCGAAAAUUGGCUCAGCCCUUCUACAUGCGCAUGCCGCCGGCGACUCUUACGAUGUGCCCCUCCUGCGAGAGACUCGGCGCCUACGGCGCCGGAGACGGAGGCGGUUCCUCCGGCGGCAUAUCCGCGGCGUCGGUCGUCGAAUAGUUACUUUUUGCUUAAUUAUUUAUUAAUUUGUUUUUGAUGUUUUAGCUAGGGAUUUAUUAUAUUUUAAAAGAAAUUUCCCAAAA